CUAAAAACUAAAGGAUUGGUGAAGCGAUAAGGCGCUGCGGUGCUCUGCUAUAAAGAGAACGAACGCAUUGAAGUAGGGUUCACACAAGACAAGUUGUGUAAGCAACAACAUGCUCUCCUGCUUGACUUUGGUUGCCAUAUCUGUGGGGCUUGCUGAGGCCACCUUUUGUACGGUCAAAAGCGAAUGCGCGGCCAACGAAUGCUGCUAUAUCCGGCCGCAGUACCUCAUCAUGAGCAAACGGCAGAUGGUACUUCCUGGACAGCCAUUAUGGACACCCGAACCCGGCAUGUGCGAGACCUACAAGAACCCCGGCGACCCCUGCAGUGUCAUUUUGAACGGCCAUUGCGGCUGCUCUUCCGGUUACUCGUGCCAGUGGGUGCCCGAGCCGAGCACGACCGCGUCUGCGGGCCGACGCUCCAUGAUAUACCACCCCGGACCAGGCUCAUAUCAGUGUGUCGCCAACAACCCUUGAAUGCGCCGAUUACCAAAAUGUGCAUAUAGUAUUAAACGCGUUCAAUGAA